UCUCUCUCUCUCUUUCUUUCUGUCUCUUUUUCUCAAUUUCCCUCUUUGUCCCCACCAUCCUCAAACUUCUCUUCAUCAGAAUUGGAUUUCAAUUUCUUCCAUGGCAGCCAUAGCCUGCAGAGAUGAAUCCGACUACGACAGCAGCUGCUCGUCCAUAACAGUCCCGGACUCGAGCCGGAGCUGGAUGAGCAACCUGAGCUUCGGGAGCCGGCGGCGCAGCAGCUGCGCGUCAGCGGCGGAGGGUGCGGGGGGGUGGUCCCCGUCUCCGCAGAAGCCCCACAAGGCGAACUCGGCGGCGUGGGAGGCCAUGCGGUGGCUCCGGGGAGCGAAGGGGCGCGUGGGGCUGGAGCACUUCCGGCUGCUCCGGCGCGUGGGUAGCGGAGACAUAGGGAAUGUUUACCUGUGCCAGAUAAGGAACCCCAUGGUGGGGCUGCCGCAGUGCUUCUACGCCAUGAAAGUGGUUGACAGAGAAGCGCUUGCCAUACGGAACAAGCUCCGCCGUGCCGACAUGGAGAAGCACAUUCUCGCCGGCCUUGAUCACCCGUUUCUCCCCACUCUUUAUGCCGACUUUGAGGCUUCUCAUUACUCUUGUUUGGUUAUGGAGUUCUGCCCCGGCGGAGAUUUGUACGCCGCCCGUCAGCGCCUCCCCGCCAAACGCUUCAACAUUUCCUCCGCUAAGUUUUACGCGGCGGAGAUAAUUUUAGCGCUGGAGUAUCUGCACAUGAUGGGAAUUGUUUACAGAGAUUUGAAGCCCGAAAACGUGCUGGUCAGAGACGACGGCCACAUAAUGCUGUCGGAUUUCGACCUCUGCCUCAAAUGCGACGUCGUUCCCAGGCUCAUCUACCUGGCGCCGGAGGUGAUCUCCGGCCAGGGCCACGGCAGCGCCGUCGACUGGUGGACUCUGGGGAUUUUCCUGUACGAAAUGCUGUACGGAAAAACCCCAUUCAAAGGGGAAAACAACGAGAAAACGCUAAUCAACAUUCUGAAGCAGCCAUUGGCGUUUCCGAGAAUUGGGUUCAGCAGCAGCAAAGAGUAUGAAGAAAUGGCCAAAGUUGAGGAUCUAAUCGCCAAGCUUUUGGUGAAGAAUCCCAAAAAGAGAAUCGGAAGCAUAAAGGGGUCGGUUGAAAUCAAGAGACACGAAUUUUUCAAAGGCCUUAAUUUUGCUCUAAUCAGAUCCGUAAGGCCACCCCAAAUCCCCAAUUCUGAUUUCCACCACGCAAAAUACCCUUCUAAUUACUUCCCAAAAUUGACCAAAAAACAAAGGGACCAACCCUACCAAAUCCCCCCUCAUCACCAUUUUGAUUAUUUCUAAAUUCCUCCUCCUAAAAUCCCAUUGUAAAUACAUCAAAACAAUCAAGAAACUGAAAAAAAGAGUGAUUUUGGUUU